GGUGUUCAUCCACGUCUGAUCACUGAAGGUUUCGAGAUUGCAAACACAAACACGUUGGAAUUGCUAGACACGUUCAAAGUGACACCAGCCAUAGACCGUGCUCUUCUUAUUGAUGUGGCAAGAACCUCACUGAAAACUAAACUCAGUGAACGUUUGGCCGAGCAUAUAACCGAAUGUGUUGUGGAUGCUGUUUUGGCGAUACGUAGAGAUAACGAAACGGCACCGGAUCUGCAUAUGAUCGAAAUACAGGAGAUGCAACACGAGAGUGAUAUGGAUACGAGCCUGAUCCGCGGUCUAGUACUCGAUCACGGCGCACGUCACCCGGAUAUGCCGAAGAGCGUGCAGAAUGCCUAUAUCCUGACGUGUAAUGUAUCGUUGGAAUACGAGAAAACAGAAGUGAACUCGGGAUUAUUCUAUAAGACUGCUGCGGAACGUGAGAAGUUGUUGGGUGCUGAGCGCGAGUUUAUUAUGCGUCGAGUGCAGAAGAUUGUCGAUCUGAAGAAGAAGGUGUGUGAUGAAGUGUCGGCUGGAAAGGGGGAUGGCAAAAAAUGCGGAUUCGUCGUUAUCAAUCAAAAGGGAAUAGACCCUCCAUCGUUGGAUUUAUUGGCUCAGCAUGGCAUAUUGGCAUUAAGACGUGCAAAA